CCUUUACCAACAUUCCUCAACCUGCUUACUUCUCCUUCAUCAUCCACUACUUCCUUCUUUCUCCAUCACCACAGAAACACAGUUCGCUUUGUCAUAUUAGAGAUCAACCACGAUGUCAGAGCUAAAUUAUAUUGAUGAUCAUUUUCAACUUCAUCCAAACAUAAUCAUCGACCCUCUAACGGAACAGUGGGGAGACUUGCCUUUCAAGUUUGACGAUACCGAGGACACGCUCGUCUACAACUCCCUCUGGACCGCCUUCAGCUCCGAUUGGUCCACCUCCUCAAUGGAGGACUUCACCACCGUCAAACCUGAGCCGGCCUGUAACUACUUCGAAGAACUACAUCAAAUUUUGCAGCCUCAGGAGUCAUCGUACGAUCAAGUUUCCAUCAACAUCAGCGCACCAAGUGAACUAUCAUCACCGGAAACUGAAUCAACAGUAUCUCAGACAAGCUACGAUCAGCUACAAGAGGAAAUCCCUACCCCAAAAGUAAAGAAGGUACUCGGCGGUGGUACUAGCAGCGUUUCAAGAGGGAAGCAUUAUAGAGGAGUGAGGCAGAGGCCGUGGGGAAAGUUCGCCGCGGAGAUUAGAGACCCGGCGAAGAACGGGGCUCGAGUGUGGCUCGGCACCUACGAGACCUCCGAGGAAGCGGCUGUGGCCUAUGACCGAGCCGCUUACCGAAUGCGUGGUGCCAAGGCUUUGCUAAAUUUUCCACACCGAAUUGGGCUGAAUGAGCCGCCGCCGGUUAGGAUAACCGGCAAGCGCAAAGAUCCCGAUCAACAAGCUGGAAAUAGUCCCACAUCAACGACUACAAAAACUCCAAACUUGAAUAAGCGGACCAAAGCUAGCUUGGCAUCACCGGCGCCUGAUGCUCAGUUUAAAAGAGAUGACCGUACGAGAGUAAAUGUCCAUCAUCCAAGACAUAAUAGUAACUAGCCUUAAUAUUCACGGAAAAUAAUUUUGAUUAUAACUUUUUAGUACCCACCAUCCAAAUUUCUUUUUCACAAUUAUUUCUUAUUUUUAUUUAUUUUACUUUUUACUUUAUGAUCCAUAUGUUUGUUUGUGAAAAACUAAUGACUCCGUGAUAAAUUCCUCAGUUCGUAAUUUAGU